AACGACGCAAGUUCGACGGUAAUUUUUCACUGAAAGUUCAGUUUCUGUAUUAAUUUUGUUUUAAAUCGUUUAAGAAUAACGUUUAUAAAUACCGGUUCCUAGUCGAGUGUGUCCGAAAACAUGAACUUCAUGGAACAGUUCAAGAAUACUAACCUUUCCCUGCCGAAACUGCCGGUCCACUACAUCGAAACGAUCCGGUCCGAAAAUGGUCAAGUUAUGCCAGAUCAUCUGCAGUGCACCUCCAAGCAACCUUUCGGAACUGGUCCGGUGUAUAAAACUGGAAUCACCAGCUAUCGGGUUCUGGCGGAAGGGGAAGGAGUCAAGACCGUUUACGAAAUGUCCAUAAAAGAACCUCAGGGUAUGGAGGAAUACUUUCCCGGCGAUACAAUCGGUAUCCUGACCCAAAAUUUGCCAUCUGACGUACAUUUCAUGCUCAGUAGAUUGCAUCUAGUCGAGAUUGCUGACUGUGUGUACGAGGUGAAGUUAGCCAAACCGGUUAAGAAGAAGAAUCCAGAGAUUCCAGCCUAUAUUCCGAAAUACAUCACCCCUAGGCGAUUGCUAUCGGACUGUAUUGAUUUUAGGGUGACCCCUCGGAAGAUAACCCUGCAAGUUCUGGCAAACUACACUUCCGAUCCGUGCGAAAAGCGCCUACUCGAAAUCUUGGCUUCCAAGGAAGGGGCAACCUUCUACAAUGAGUUUAUUCUGAAAAACGAAAUGACGUUCCCACAUCUGCUGAAAAUCCUCUCCUCGUGUAGACCUUCUCUAGCCAUGCUAAUCGAACACUUCCCUCGUCUUCAAGCAAGACCUUACUCGAUAGCGAAUUUCAACAAAAACGGUCACAUUCGUAUAGUAUUUGCCAUGCUCAACGAUGGCCGACUGGGCAUCACUACGACAAUGAUGGAAAACAAACUUCUCAACGCAGCUCGCUACGAUCGGUACCUUUACAUGUACCUUAGACAAAUCAAGCCAGCCUUCCAGUACCGCGAGCAAGAUCUAGACAAAAACAUUAUUAUGAUCGGUCCCGGGACCGGUAUUUCCCCUUACAUGAGCUUCCUAGAGUUUCGCAAACGGGCCAAACAACAGUCUACCAAGAAGGACAAAUUUGGAAAAACAGUUCUGCUCACAAGCUGUAGACAUCGGGACAAGAACAACCUAUUCGACGACGAAGUACAACAGUACCUGCAGGAAGGCGUAAUAGAUCAGGUGUAUAAUGCCUACUCCAGGGAUUCCGAAAGCCGUUAUAAAUUUGUGCAGGACAUCAUCGAAGACAAGAAAGAGCAGCUUAUUAAAUUGCUACUAGAGGACAACACCAAGCUGUAUCUGUGCGGCGAGGGACGAACGAUGCUGCCGCGGAUUCAGGAUACGAUUUCCACCUGUCUUAGUAAAAUUAAGGGCAUCCCCAAGGUAGAAGCUGACGCACUACUAGCUGAGUAUAGGAAAACCGGACGGUAUUUGUACUACUCGAUGAUACGUUACUGAUUUUUGUGAUUGUGAAUAAAGUUUCUCGAUUGUCUUUCUACAA